AUGGCUGACGCGAAUGCCAACGACGAGCUUUACCCCAUCGCCGUGCUGAUCGACGAAUUGAAGCACGACGAUGUCCUGCUCCGUCUCAACGCUAUCCACCGCUUGUCGACCAUUGCCCUCGCUUUGGGCGCCGAGCGCACCCGAGACGAGCUGAUCCCCUUCCUCGAUGAGUCAGUCGAGGACGAAGACGAGGUCCUUGUGGCCCUGAGCGAGGAGCUCGGCAACUUCAUCGAGUAUGUCGGCGGCCCUCAGUGGGGCCAUGUGCUGCUCUCCCCGCUCGAGAACCUCGCGGCUAUAGAAGAGCCCGUUGUGAGGGACAAGGCCGUUGAGUCUCUCAAUAAGAUCUGCACCGAGCUCUCUCCUCAGCAAAUUGAGGAGUACUUCAUCCCUCUGGUCAUCCGCCUUUCUAAAGCCGACUGGUUUACCUCCAAGGUGUCCGGGUGCGGCCUGUACACGACGCCCUACAAGAGAGUUUCGCCCCCCGUCCAACAACAGCUCCGCCAGCAGUUUGGUCAGCUCGUACACGAUGACACCCCCAUGGUGCGCCGUGCCGCCGCGACCAACUUGGCCAAGUUUGUGAAGGAGAUGCCUGCCGCGAUUGUUGUUGAGGAGAUGAUACCAAUGUUCCAGCACCUUGUUUCCGACGACCAGGACAGCGUUCGCCUGCUCACUGUUGACGUCCUCAUUUCUAUUGCUGAGGUCGUGCCCAAGGAGCAGCAGGCCAGUCACGGUGUGCUCCUCACAUCGCUACGGAGCUUGAUAGACGAUAAGAGCUGGAGGAUCGCCAAGGCGGUUGACGAAGAGGUCGUUGCUAGGGACCUGGUUCCCGCUUUCGUGAAGCUGUUGAAGGACAACGAGGCCGAAGUGAGGACGGCCAUUGCCAGUCAAAUCCCCGGCUUCUGCUCCCUGGUCGACAAGCCUACCAUUCUCAACGACAUUAUCGGCACCAUUGAGAACCUGGUGUCGGACAGCUCGCAGCACGUCCGUGCGGCCCUCGGCACUCAGAUUAGUGGUCUUGCCCCCAUCCUGGGCAAGCAGGAGACGAUCGACCACCUGCUGCCCAUGUUCCUUCAGAUGCUGAAGGACGAAUAUCCUGAUGUGAGACUCCACAUCAUUUCAAAACUGGAUCUGGUCAACCAGGUCAUUGGCAUCGACCUGCUUGCCCAGUCCCUGCUCCCUGCUAUCGUGCAGCUGGCCGAGGACAAGCAAUGGCGCGUUCGGCUGGCCAUUAUUGGGCAUAUGCCCCUUCUUGCCAGCCAGCUGGGUGUCAAGUUCUUUGACGAGAAGCUCAGCCAGCUGUGCAUGGGAUGGCUUGGCGACACUGUUUUCUCCAUCCGCGAAGCGGCGACUCAAAACCUUAAGAAGCUUACCGAGGUGUUUGGUGUUGAGUGGGCUAGCGAGGCCAUUAUCCCCAAGGUUAUGGCCAUGGGUGGUCACCCCAACUAUCUAUACAGAAUGACUACAUGCUUCGCCAUCUCGACGCUGGCCAGCGUCGUCACCAUGGAUGUGAUCGCCAAGUCGAUCCUCCCCAUGCUCGAAAAGAUGGCGAGUGACGAGAUCCCCAAUAUCCGGUUCAACGUCGCCAAGACGUACCAGGUCUUGAUUGGAGUUCUGCGUCGGCUGCCCGACCAGGGUACCAUCUAUACCUUGGAGAAAGCCGGUGCCCCCUUUAGCCCGUCGCCCCGGGGCCAGCAGCUCAUUGACGAUCGCAUCAUGCCGCAGCUGGAGAAGCUCCAGAAGGAUGAGGAUGUGGAUGUGCGGUACUUUGCUACCAUGGCCGCCGCGGCUGCGACGGGCCAGAAUGUGGGUGGUGGGGAGCCGAUGAACACGUCACCAUAG